CACACUUUUAGAAGCAGUCAAAACGGAUAUUCCUCACCGGCAAACGAAGGAGAAAAGAAGACCUCAGCAGAUCCCGGAGGCUUCUCAACUUGCGAUUGAAUAUCGAACUUGCAAGUGGGGCUUCAGUUUUUAUCAAUCGUCUGCGAUAUGUCGGCCCAAACAUUGACAGUGAAAUUAUCGAGGGGAGACCCAACGACCUCCUGGGGUUUCCGAUUGCAAGGGGGCAAGGAUUUUAGCGCCCCAUUAUCGGUGCAAAGGGUGAAUCCAGGAAGCCUAUCCGAACAAGCCGGCCUAAUGACGGGCGAUGCCAUUUUGAAAAUAAUGGGCAAAAGCACAGAGCACAUGAAACACAAAGAAGCACAGGAUACUAUUAUCAAAUCCGGAAAUAACUUCGAACUAGUCAUUCAGAGAGGUGGAGUCAGAGUAUGGAAACCAACCGUUACACCAAUUGGAGACCUUCCCACCGUGACCACACCUCCGGCGACGGGUCUUUAUACGAAGACAUCACUAGCAGCGAAGAAGCAGGAGUCUACACCAAUUGGAACAAAACACAAUGUGAGUCCACGUCCUUUCGCCCCACUGGGAGGAGGAAAAGUGUUGGUAAACAAUCAAUACAACACUCCAGCUGCUCUUUACUCCAUGAACAACAUCGCCGACACACUAUCAGCUCACACAGAAGUUUUAGCAUCCGGCGCUAAAGGAAUAAACUUCAUGAAGGAAGCCCCACCUGUUAAUAAAGAAUCUGCGGUUUAUCGAAUGCUUAUGGAGGAAAAAGAAGGUUCUACGGAUCAUUUUAAUCAUGUUGAUCAGCAACAACCUUAUAGAAAAGAUUCUCCUAUGGUUCAACCGCAGGUUGUCACGUCACACGUGUCUGCACCAAUAACAAAGCCAGCUUCACAGACCUCAGAUAAACCAGGGGCUCCAAACGCCUGCGUCGAGUGCGGAAAAUCUAUUAUUGGAGUCUUCGUCAGAAUAAAGGAUAAAUCACUUCACCCGGAAUGUUUUAAAUGUAGUACUUGUGGUACUUCUUUAAAAAAUGUCGGUUAUUUCAACGUGAGCGACAAACUAUAUUGUGAAGCUCAUGCGAAACUGGCGGCAAAAAUUGCGGCAUCGGCUCCAACUUAUGAACCUCUUGUGAUAAGCCAAUCUUUAGAUAACCCAGUGCCAAAUGCAGCAAGUCCUACCCCACAGACUCCAAUAACAGCUCCAUUGUCCCCUUCUGCAUAUCGCAGCGUUUCACCCGUACCCUUCCAUAAACCGGGCGAUAUUCAUCAUGUAGAGGCGCCCCAGAGUCCGCAGCCAGUACUCUCACCGCCUGUUUUCAAACCUAACUUAGAUCCUCCUCCCUUCACUUCUCCUGCGUCGACAUCUCCCUUCAAGAUGCCAACACCACAAGUGGCUCCACCGGUACCUGCCAGUAACAUACCUACAAGCACGCCAGGCACAGGUGGACCUGGUCAUAAAUUUGUGUGGCCUCCUCAGAAGAACACCCCAGCAGCCGCUGAACCCGCCCUCACUUCCAACAUAACUCCCACUCUGCCUUCUUACCGCCCCCCUCCAGGAACACAGCAUGCUGCUUCUAUCCCAAAAUAUGCUUCUCCACUGUCUCCCACGCCUCAAGUCUCUAGCUCCACCCCUCCUUCAAUGAUCACGCCUCCUAGCGUGAAAGUUCCUCCUACUACUAGUCCUAAACCACGAAACCCAGUGCAGAGCAACAAGGCCCAGACUUGGAAUACGAGCAGUUCGAUGACUACAACCAUGUCAUCUGCUUCAGGAAAUAUGCCUUCUGGUGUAGCGAUGAGUGCUGGUACGGGCUCUAGGCCAGCCCCAAGAAGAGGUCGAGGACAGAUGAAACAGCAAGUCGGUCCAGGCGCUAGGAUCCCAAUCUGCAACGUUUGUGGCACACCGAUAAGGGGCCCGUUCAUUCUUGCCCUCGGCAAAUCAUGGUGCCCUGACCAUUUCUUAUGCGCUAAUAAUCGUUGUCAGCGUUCUCUAGCCGACGUUGGUUUCGUCGAAGAUCGAGGUCAACUUUAUUGUGAAAAUUGCUACGAAGCCUAUCUUGCUCCCACUUGCUCCAAAUGCGCUUCAAGAAUAAAAGGGGACUGCCUGAAUGCUCUCAAUAAACAGUGGCAUCCCAAUUGUUUUGUUUGUGCUUACUGUCAUAAGCCAUUCGGAAAUAGCUCUUUCUACAUGGAAGAUGGCCAACCAUACUGCGAAAAAGAUUGGAACGAACUCUUUACCACGAAAUGCGUUGGAUGCGGUUUCCCAAUUGAAGCAGGAGAUCGCUGGGUGGAAGCUUUAAAUAACAAUUAUCAUUCUCAGUGCUUCAGGUGCACAAUUUGCAACAAAGGAUUAGAAGGUCAAAGUUUCUAUGCAAAGAGUGGAAAACCUUUCUGCAAAGCCCAUUCAAGAUAGACAUGAUCAAGAAUUUAAGAUUCUAGUCAUUUGAAUAAUUGGAUAUUACGGGCUAUCAAAAUAUAAUAGCCUGUAUAAAAAGAAAAUAAUGGGCUUAUUUGUAGUCUUACUUAAAUGAAAGCAGUAGGUCCUAUGUUGCUGCUGUUUUGUUUCUCCACGCCACAAAUAAGUACUUUCAAUUAGAGAAAUACGUGAAAGCGUCUUUCAUACCUAACUUUUGCUUUUUGAACUAAAAUUAAAUUUGUUUUUAGACAGUUUUAAUUCUUUUGCUUUGAUACCUUGUGAAGUGCUUUAGAUCAACGUCCAACCAUUAUUCCAACAACAGAAGAUAUUUUUCCUAGGAAAUUUUAACAACAAAUUCAAGUAACAUAUUAACCUUAACAGCAUAAAACCUGGAUACAUUGACUAUCAUUUGGCAAAAUCGCCAACCUAAAGUGGUAUUUCCAAUAGGAUCGCUUUAUCAAGUACCUUCGAUGUAUGUAUUCCAGAAACGGCAAUUACAAAAUUUGUGCCAAAAAAAACUUUCCUACGAAACUGGAUUUGAAAUUUAGUAUUUGUAAUUACAUUUAAUAUUGUAAACAAUUUCAAUAUGUAAUUUGAAUUACAAAAAAUGAAAUAAAUAUGUUUUAAAAUAUAAAAAUCCCAUGACUUUUCAUAUUCUGCGGAUUACUUACUCUGCAUAGUGCAUUCAAUAUGAAAGUAGGGCACUCAAUUUUAACAUUUAAGCAUGGUAUUAAUGAAAAAUAACCUUGAAGAAAUAGGACAGAGUAAAAACUAAAAUUUUAUUGCAAUUUAAAACUUUUACAAUUUCAAUAAAGUUGUGAUUUUCAUUUUA